AAGGUUUUAUUCUUAUCUUAUCCCAAUAUUAAGGGACUAUGUCAUCUUCAAACAACAAAAAUACCAACUUUUCCUUGGCCUCAUAUGAACCUUUGGAACCUUAUCCGCAGUUGGAUGUACACUUCGAUAACAGAAGAAACAUUCCUGAAGGCGGACUUUCUAAAGAUAAAGUUUUAAGGAUGAAUAUUAAACCACAGGAUAACGCACUUCCGACUAUCAUAGUCAAAGCUCCUUUACCCUCACCAAUACUUUCGACCUUCUCUUUUUUGGUCUCUUUCAAAAAAUUUCAUGUGACUGCUGCGUCCAAAGCAGGUUAUAAUAAGAUCUAUGAAUGUAGGCGUUCAAAAAGUUUCUUUUUUGAGGUUGUCGAUCAAAUACCAGACACCAAUGAAAUUCACCUUAAAAUAUACAUAAACGAUCAUCAUAUGUUAUCAACCCCAAUUCGGUAUUAUUCCACAAGCAAAUUACCUAAUCAUCGAUUUCAAAUAUCGAAAUGCCUCACGCACUUUUUUUUACAUCAACGAGUCAUUCCUCGGCGUAUUCAGAACAAAUUUUUUAACAUGAUACGACUCAAGUUGUUAGAUAGAAUCAAUCUGAUAGCAUUACGUGAAGGAAAAAUCACGUGCAGCAACAAUAUUACCAAAACUUUUUUCAACUUCUCUUAUAAACGAUACAGAUUUCACUUUGGUAUCUAUGUAGCUUGUAAUCACCUACCUACAAAAAAGUUUCCUCAUCAAAAAACAACACCAUGCCAUAUACCGUGCCCUUUUGUUAAAAAUUUUAAUCGACACGCUUGCAUCCAACACCAUUCGGCUAUCACUCAAGAAAAAAACACACUCUCAGAGGAUAAGGCAACAUCAGCACCUGAGAUCAAUAUUAUUCAUCACAAAAGUUUUCACGCCAACAUUAUUUACGAGAAAUAUAACAAUAACUCAAGGCAAAAGAUUUUUUCGAAUCGAUUGGGCAUCUCUUAUACAACGCGUUAUGAAGCACACAACCUUGACUCAAUUUUACCCCCUAACAAGGCUACUGGUCCUAUGUAUACCAAGAUUUAUGAGAACUUUUCUUGCAUUUUAAGUUCUAAUUUACGUACUGCUGCACGGCAAAAAGCUCAUUUUGACCGAUCUUGUCAACGUAUUUUCAAUGGUAAUAAACCUAAAUCUAGGAUGGCCCUUAAACUCUGCCACAAGAUUAAACUUGCGAAUCAAAGGAAGUUCCUUUUUCAUCUGUAUCAAAAGAUUUAUACACGGAUCCUUCAUCUCCCAACCGUUCCCUUAUUCCGUUUUCCAUACGAUCGGAACUGCGCUCUUUUACAUCUUUCUGAAGAUAGGAUUCUUCCUCCUCACAUUACUCCUGCAUCACGCAGUGUCAUCAAGAUUCAGAAUUCAGAUGAAGAGGAUGACUCUUCAGCCAACAAUGGCAGGGAUGAUACAUCAGAAAACUCUUAUAGGGAUUGGUAUAUCGCAAAUCUUAUUGACGAACAUUAUGGUAAAGGUGCAUCAGAAUACAUAGAUGCCGUACUUUUAUUACAAGACUCUACAAUUCAGCUAUCCUUGAGAGACGCAUAUAUGCUAGGUUUAGAUGAAGAUCGCAUCAGUGAGAUCAGAGUUCGUGAUCGUCUUAAUGAAAGGUUAAAUGUCAUUAAAGACAUUAAGGAUCAUAAUACCUCCGCCAAACAUUACCUUAGACGUAUUAAUGCUAUAAAGUUUUUUACUCGUAUGAAUGAUAAUUUUGAUGACCGUAUGGCCAGUAUUCGCAAUUUUGCGUAUGGAGCAUCUACGAAGAAAAGCAACGACAAACGAACAGUCGCUUCAAGACAUCUCAACAAUUUGAUAACAGAUUUUGGACAACAAUACAGGGAUGAACACUACCCUUUAAAACCGUACUGCGCUAUUAUUCGCCCAAAUGAUAUUCAAUACGUAAAAGAUGAUCUCAGUGAUACCUCCGAUGACACGAAAAUAAUAGAAUGUCGCCCAAAAAAGCAUCGCGCCAGACAUAAUCACUAUAAUUAUUAUGGAGAUCUUACACCUUUAACAAAAAAAAUUUGUACUUUCGAUUGUAGGGAUACUAAAGAAGAAGACUUCUUACCCGCUAAUAUAGACCUAAUUUUUAAAUUUCGUAUUUUGAAAUAGUUUAGUUUCUAUAUUUUGUAAUUCAUUUUUUGAAUUUUUUUGGUUCGUAUUAAAAUAGAUAUUAACAAUUACAAACAGUGUGAAUCAUUCCACCUAUGACAGUAUUUACAGGUGGUGACCUUGAUGGUUGAAAGAAAAAUACGGGUUAAUUAGUUCACUUUUUAAUUGUGGUUCCUGUUCUUCUUUCGGUAGUGGAGGAGGAUCAGGCUGGUUCCAAC